AUAAACUAUUUUUUAUUAGUAGUAGUAUUGUAAUAAUAAUUACACAGUCAUCCAGAUUUUUAGUAUUGCUGGGCAAGUCCUGGGACCAAACUGAUGAAGGCUUGUUGGUGUUACAUGAUCCUAGGCAAAAUCUUGUUGAAAUUCACUGAGCAUUGUGAGUCUGCAAUUUAUCACAAGGCAGGAGGAAUAAGAUAUUCUUUAUUUCCACCAGGUUCUCAAGCAGUGCCAACCAAUAUGCCCCCACCUCGUAAACUACCUCACCGUUCCUGGGCUGCAUCUAUACCAACAAUUCUCACUCACAGUGCCUUGAAUGUUUUAUUGCUGCCCUCACCAACCCCUGGACUUAUGCCAGGACUUGCGGGAAGUUAUCUUUGUUCACCGCUUGAACGUUUCCUUGGAUCGGUUAUUAUGAGAAGGCAUCUCCAAAGGAUUAUUCAGCAGGAGACGCUGCAGCUAAUCAACUCCAAUGAACCUGGAGUGAUCAUGUUCAAGACAGAUGCCCUGAAGUGUAGAGUUGCCCUUAAUCCCAAAACUAACCAGACCUUGCAACUAAAAGUAGCACCUGAAACUGCAGGCCAGUGGAAGCAAGAAGAAUUGCAAGUUUUGGAGAAAUUUUUUGAAACCAGGGUUGCAGGGCCACCAUUCAAAGCCAAUACUUUAAUAGCCUUUACCAAGCUACUAGGAGCACCUACACAUAUUCUUCGGGAUUGUGUUCACAUCAUGAAACUAGAGCUGUUUCCCGAUCAGGCAAGCCAGCUGAAAUGGAAUGUACAGUUUUGUUUGACAAUCCCUCCAAGUGCUCCACCAAUUGCACCUCCAGGAACACCUGCAGUUGUGCUGAAAUCGAAAAUGUUGUUCUUUCUUCAGCUAACACAAAAAUCUGCAGUUCCACAGGAAGCCAUGAGCAUAAUCGUUCCAAUCAUUUAUGACAUGGCUUCAGGUACAACACAGCAGGCAGACAUUCCCCGGCAGCAGAACUCUUCAGUUGCUGCUCCCAUGAUGGUUAGCAAUAUUCUAAAGAGGUUUGCAGAACUGAAUUCACCACGGCCAGGUGAGUGUACAAUCUUUGCAGCUGUUCGUGAUUUAAUGGCUAACCUUACAUUGCCCCCUGGUGGGCGUCCAUAGGCUAUUUUAUACAAAGGGUAAAAGUGAGAUGAAGCGGAAAAACCAUCUCUCUGAAAUAAAGCCUUUGGUUACUUAGAAUGGAAGAGACGUGUCACGUGUCACAUUUUAAAAAGAGCUGAUACAAUGGAUUGGCCUACUUUCAGGGAUGCACUUUCAUCAGUUUUUUUUUUUUUUGGGGUACAGCACUCUUAAAAUGUUUUAAGAAGACAUUUCAGACUCAUAAAUUUAUGUAUUCACUUGGCAGUAAAUAGAGUUAAUAUUCUGUUUUAUACUUCAAAGAUUAUGAAAAUGCCAAAUUUGUUUAUUUAAAUGUUUUUUUCUGAUGUCUUGCUGUAAUAGUCUUUUUUUAAGGCAAGUCUGUCAUUUUUUGAAUACUGUAAAACUGUGACUUUAUAUUGAAACUGUAUUUUAAUAUUACUGCUUUGAAAUGUUAAAAAUGGGCUUGUUAUAAACAUGUCCCCAAAAGCAAUAUUUAAUAAACUAGAUUUUUUUU